AUGCUGACGAAACCGAUCAAGGUGUCCGGCUUGGGCGGAGUUGUGACGUAUAUCUCAGCUGGAGUAAACGUGAAGUUUGCUCUCGGAUUACAAGUGGUGUAUGUCGUAGAUGUCUGGCUGGCGAAUAUUGGCGAAGGAGUAGACGCACUUCUGGGAAUGGACUUUAUGUAUGCCACAGGCGUCCGACUGUGGCUACGAUAG